CUUACUGUUCGAACCGGUUUCCAAAACCAUGGUACUGGCUACAAUGGUGCCAUAUGCGGCCCCAAGCCCCCAACACCAACCGUAGUUACCAUUUUCAUCGUGAUUCUCGUAGUUCUAUUUGAUGGGUGCUGAGAAGAAAUGGCUCUUCACCCUUUUCACUGCAGCAUUCCUAUCCCUCAUGAUCAUUCUCUCUUCUUUCACUUCCUUAACAUCUCCAAAGCCCUUCCCCUCAAUUGUAAAUCACGGUGCUCUGUACCCUCCCGCAUUCGCCUACUUCAUCACUGGCAGCAGAGGCGAUAAGGACCGCGCCUUCCGCCUGUUGCUGGCAAUCUACCACCCAAGAAACCGUUACCUGCUUCAUCUUGGGAAGGACGCUGGGGACGAAGAGAGGCGGAGACUCGCGGCGGCAGUGACGUCGGUGCCGGCGAUACAGGCCUUCGGGAACGUUGAUGUGGUCGGGAAGGCUGAUUAUGUGACGUAUUUGGGGUCAUCGAACAUUGCCAUCACUCUCAGAGCUGCUGCCAUUAUGAUGAAGUUGGAUGGUGGUUGGGAUUGGUUUGUCACUUUGAGUGCCCUUGAUUAUCCCCUCAUCACCCAGGAUGAUUUGUCCCAUGUUUUCUCUUCUGUUAGGAGGGACCUCAAUUUCAUUGACCAUACCAGUGACCUUGGAUCGAAAGAAAGUGAUAGAAUUGAGCCUAUCGUAGUUGACCCAGCAAUAUAUUUAUCAAGGCGAAGUAAAAUUUUUCAAGCCACACAGAAGCGGAAGACACCUGAAUCCUUCAAAAUCUUCACAGGUUCACCAUGGGUAAUCUUGAGUCGAUCAUUCCUCGAGUUUUGCCUUUUUGGCUGGGAUAAUUUACCUAGAACACUGCUCAUGUAUUUUACAAAUGUUAAGUUAUCUCAAGAAGGUUAUUUUCACUCGGUCAUUUGCAAUACACCAGAAUUCAAGAACACAACAGUGAAUGGUGACUUACGAUACAUGAUCUGGGACAAUCCUCCACAGAUAGAACCACAGAACCUUAACAUCUCUGAUUACAAUAAGAUGGUAGAAAGUGGAGCUGCUUUUGCUAGGCAGUUCAGGGCCAACGACCCUGUCCUGGACAUGAUUGAUGAGAAGAUUCUCCACCGUGGACGGAAUCAAGCCGUUCCAGGGGCAUGGUGCUCUGGCCUGAAGAGCUGGUGGAGGGAUCCAUGCUCCAAUUGGGGUGACGUUAAUGUUCUUAGGACAGGACCUCAGGCAAAGAAGCUCGAGGAGUCUGUUUCAGACCUCCUUGACAAUUGGAACUCGCAAACCAAUCAGUGCAACGCUGCCACAGAAUACACACAAGAGUAAUAAAUAUUCAAUGGAGUUGUGCGUAAGCACCAUGAUUUAACGGACCAGUCAGUAGAAGUGACAAUUUAAUGGAAACGCAUCAUUUGGUUACCGACGUAAUCUAAAAUUUGGAAAGUGGGUUGAUGAGGGUGAAUGAGACUCCUCGCAUAGUGGCCUUUGCAAGUUAGGUGCAGAUAUGGAAUCGGAAGACGGAUGUGACUGUAUUACUCUGGUGGCUUAGUAGUUCUGGUGGAUCCUCCGAUACCCAUAAAUUAUUUUGAUGUUCACCCGGCUUCCAUUUUCAUCAUGUAACAUGUAUGUUCUGUACUGUAUGUCUCUUCUCCACAAUGAUUCUCGAUAACUUGAGAGCAAAGUUCAUUCUUGUUGAGAUCUUAUUCUCCCUUCCCGUAUUCUCUCUUUACACUUCCAUGGUGCAACUACCCUAAAAAAUUGUCAAAACGGAUUAAAUU